AUGAGUGAGCUCUCCACCCCUAAGCGGGUCUCCAUCGGGGAGAACCAUGGCACCAAGCCUUUUCGGGACAACCGAACAGGCUCAGGGAUGGCACGGAUAUUAGGGCCUACCUGUGCAGCGCAGCGCAGCACCUCACUGCAGAACGGAAGGCAGGACAGUCAGUGGCUUCCUUCCAUCCCUUCUAUUAGUCUAGACGCCUUGUUCUUGGGAGGGAAAGACAUGCCAUCUGCAUCCCGUCUGCAUCUUCUGUUUUCAUCAACCGCCGGAAUCCCACCUGAGGCACGGAGUACUCAACAUGUCUCUUCCCUCCACUUGGCACCGGACUCUGGACUCUGGACGACUGACGAGCACCACCCUGUCACCUGUGCCUCUCUGAACUCCGCGUCUGGAGUCCCUUGGAAGUCUGGUUACUGGUCACUGAUGUUUUCUCAUGGGGAACUGCUGGGGCCGCUACGGGGAUCCCUGGGCCGCCGAGUCCCCGAUGUCUACUUUGUGUGCUACAGUUUCCGCCCAUCGCGUGCACAACAUUUUCAACUCUUCAAGUAUCCCAGUAACCGCAGUCGCAGCACCGUCUUGCGCCAGCUCCUGCGCCUGGCAAGUCAUUAUCCAUCCCAUCACGCUGCACCGAGCUGCAUAGAUGCAGGGCUUUGCUUCUCCGUCCACGGCGAGCGGAGAGGAAGUUUCCGCCGCUCGAUUCCUCACUCCACUCGUCAAUUUGCUUUUCCUGGUCAAGACGCAUCCUCAUGGAGACUUGCGAUCUCAUCCUGUGCGGCGGUGAAUGCGGUCCAUCCCGUCAAGUCAGUUGUCACUGUGAAUAGGCAGGAAGACCACCGCAGUUUUGUCUGGCCAAGCCGGCUAGGCAUUUCGUCACGUUCGUCGCGAGUCAUAAUGAACGGGGCCGCCCACGAGGUCCAGAGAUGGACAAAGAGGCCACGACUGGAAAUGGCAAUGCAGCAUACGGAUAUCAUGCCUUCUGCCCGUCUCAAACCAAUUCGCAUCGGGACUUUGGUCAACGGGGGUCGUGGCCAGCAUUGGCAACAUGUCCAUCAACUGUUUCGAGCGACUGCCAGGAUGUCCGAUUACUUCCAUAUGAAUGGCUCCAUCUGCUUACCUACGUUAUCCACUAGACGGGCUGAAUUUGUCGGCUCGGGAUCUUUCUCUGGAGACACGCGUGCGCGUGCGGGAUAUGACAUGCUGGCCCACAAUUAUAUACAUACCUACACCAAGAAGCCUCGCCCUCUUCAACAGCGGAGGAUUGUGAAGCAUCGGUUAGCAUCGUCUGAUGAUGUUGCCCGUUAUUCUCAGCCUCAGACUGCUUCAAAAUGGGGUUUGGCCGAGACCAAGACAGAACUGAAUAGGACAGGGGGAGCUUCUUCGGAUCUUUUAAGGCAUGGUCACAACACUUGUCGAGGCCAGGCCGGACUCUUGUUUUACAGCAGCUACACCUCUGAAUCUCUGAAUGAUCAUUGGCAGCAUCAGCUCAAGACACCUUCUUACUCGGUAGCUAGCACCUACCGUCUUCGCGGAAAAGCCGCGACGUCGUCGUCUCAGUGCUCGGCCGUCAAUGGACCCUUGCGCACCUGGUCGUUCCACCAAAUGCAACCAACGCCCGAGUUUUGGGUUUCGAAGCUCUGGCAGCUCGAGCCUUUCCCCUUUGAGGUCCAGCGCCGGCCAGAGGAUGACGAGGCCACCCCCGAUCGCUGUCUUUGCGGCCGACGUACUACAAUGUCCAUGAGGUCUCCAGGUUGGCCUUCUUUUUUCGUCCCGCUUGCGAACCGCAGCCGGUACCAAGUUACGAACGGACUUCCCAUCCGCGUCUGCGUGCUCAAUGCGCCUCACAGACGCUCCAGCAACUGGGCUUUUACGGAUACAACCAGGCUUAUUUCGACGGACAAUUCACAGUCCACCAUCCACCAGGCUAUUCUUUCCCCUUGCCCCAAGGUCCAACCCAACCUUGUCUCCAUUACCUCACAUCAAGGUACCUCUACCGCUAUCCAUACGCCUACCUUCUCAACUUACCUCGAGUCAAAUCAAAGACUCUCGGCAACAAGACAAGUCAGGUUUAAGCUAAAGCCCUCAACGUUCCCAAGAAAAGACGACACAAGUUCUUGUCCCGCAGUUUUCUGCACCAGCACCAGCACCAGCACACUCGAAGCACAGCACCAAAGCUCUCCACCUACCACCUACCUUACCUUAAGCAAGCUUCUGCACCUGAUCCGCCGCCCUUGGCUCAUAUUUCCUUUUCGUCUCCCUCUCCCGACAACCUCCCACAUCGGAUCUAUCCUUCCUGAGGCCAGCCGUCGCGCGCUGCCGUUCGCAGCCAACCAUCUUCUUCCGACCGCUUACGGUUUACCACCGCUCCGUCCGGCGCCGUUGGCCUUUUCACGGCCGAUUUGCCGGACCCGCCCCGACCUUCACUAA